CCAUGGACAUUGGCUCGGCAAUUUUAAUAAUUGGCUUCGCUGCUCUUGUUGCAGCCUUCCUCCUUCUCGUAAUUGGACUUGUGUACUCUGAGCUGAUGAAUUCAGACAUUCCUCGUGGGGUAGCAAAUAGUGGGAAAUUGCACAUGGUUCACGGCUUGUUUGUUGGCAUGGCGAUUGUGGGUCGAAUCCUAUACCGCCUGGGCAUUUGCCAUCAGGUCAGCUUCAUUCGAUGGUUUGUUGCCUGUUUUCUGACUCGUGUAAAACAAGUUCCCACUGGUCUGCGAGUGAAGGACAUGAAGUUUUCUGAGGUGCCAGUGCGACUCUACGAACCCACCACUGAGUGCAGUGGCUUGAGGAGAGGCCUUGUGUAUUUCCAUGGCGGCGGAUGGGUAAUGGGCAGUAUAGAUUCUGUUGAUGAAGUCUGUCGGCACAUCGCCAAAGAAUCUAACACAACUGUGAUCUCUGUUGGGUACCGAUUAGCCCCUGAGCACAGGUACCCUGCUCAGCUGGAUGAUUGUGAGACAGCAACGUGUCACUUCCUGUCUGUGGCUGAGACAGAGUUCAGCGUGGACUCUCGCAGAGUGGCAGUCGGAGGGGACAGCACUGGGGCUAACCUGGCAGCAGCGCUGUGCCAAAGGCUGGCGAGGAGAGAGGAUCGGCAUCUGCCGUCCCCCUGUGCUCAGCUCCUCGUCUACCCAGCCUUGCAGAUGGCAGAUUUCAACCUGCCCUCAUACCAACAAAAUCACGCUGUGCCCAUAUUGUUUCGUGGCCGGAUGGCAUUCUACUUCCUGCAGUACCUCAAUGGAGACAUGUCCCUGUGCCAGGAAGUGCUGGACGGAAUCCACGUCCCCACCGAGCUCAGGCCGCGCUUCAAAGACUGGCUCUCCCCUUCCAACUUACCUCCCGAGUGCUUCGAGCGAGGUUUCUCCGAACCCCCAGCCCCAGAUUAUGAUGGGGCAGUGUAUCACGAGGUUAAGGCUGGUUUGGAAGCUGAGGUCUCACCUUUACUGGCAGACGAUGACGUCAUUCGGAAAACCCCGCCAACCUUCAUCCUAACCUGCGAGUACGACGUCCUGCGGGAUGAUGGGAUUCUUUAUAGGAAGCGACUGCUGGACUUGGGAAAAGAUGUCACCUGGGAACAUGUGAUUGACGGUUUUCAUGGUAUGAUUAGCUUCUUUAACCAGGGAUGGCUCUCCUUUCCCUCUGCAGUAUACGUUGUGAAUAGUGCCGUUGAGUAUGUAAAAACACUGUGAAGAUCGUAAAGAGGAUCAUACAAUAAACUUGCACUUGCAUUUUAAUAAACAA